AGCUCAAAUCCUUCUAUUCCAGCAUAAUCAUCGCCACCCCACCUCUCUCUGUCUCUGCAGCCACAGAAAUUGUCAUGGCAAAGAGCGACGUAAAGCUUCUCGGAGCAUGGCCAAGCCCGUUCGUGAACCGGGUUCAAAUAGCCCUCAACUUGAAGUCGGUCGACUAUGAGUUCCAAGAAGAGAAAUUUGACAACAAGAGUGAGCUGCUGCUCAAAUCCAACCCGGUUCACAAGAAAGUUCCGGUUUUGAUCCAUAAUGAUAAGCCUAUUUGUGAGUCUCUUAUCAUAGUCCAGUACCUAGAUGAAGUGUGGACUUCUGGUCCCUCUAUUCUCCCGUCUGAUCCGUACGAUCGGGCCACUGCCCGUUUCUGGGCCGCCUAUGUCGAUGAUAAGUGGUUUCCUCUGCUGAAGGAGCUUAGAACGACAGAAGGAGAGGAAGCAAAAGCCGAAAUAUCGAAGAAACUGAAAGAAGGUUUGGUUUUGCUAGAGGAGGCCUUCAUUAAGUGCAGCAAAGGAAAGGGUUUCUUUGGAGGGGAACGUAUUGGGUACCUUGACAUCGUAUUCGGGUCCUUCCUGGGGUGGCUGAAGGCCGUGGAGAAGAUAGCGGGUCUGAAGCUGGUGGGUGAGCUGGUGACGCCGGGGCUGGCGGCGUGGGCCGAGAGGUUCUGUUCGCAUGAGGCCGUGAAGGGUGUGAUUCCGGAGACUGAUAGGCUCGUUGAGCUGGCUAAGAUCAUUCAAGCCAGACUUAAAGCCCAAUCUGCUCCCAAAUAGUGAAUUUGCUGUCUUUCUUUACUGCUAUUUAAUUCGAAGCUGGCGUUUCAUGUUUCCUUUUUAUUGGUUUCCCUUGAGUUUGUUGGAAGGAGGGUCCCCUUCCCUCCUCAGCCUCAUUACUGGGGCUGUGCUCUGUACUGUACUAAAUCAAAAAAUAGAUAUAGAUAAAUAAAAUAAUCAUUACCAAUAUACAUAAAAUCAGAUGACAGAAUAGCAUUCUGUCUACUUUUAUCUA